AAUACACACAAACACACACACACACACACACCAUAUUAAGAAAAUACAGUAACAGAACUUCAAUCAUCAUCUUCAUUGAUAACCAUGUCUCCUUCUUCAGAAGAUAAUAGAGUAACGAGACAGGUAAUCAAGAGUUUUUUUGUAAAGCUUCAGGAAGAAGGAGAAGGUGCUCUUGUUAGAAACGCCAUCACAGAGAUGGACCAGAAGUUACUAGACCCAUUCGUGUUGCUAGUUGAAUUUUCUUUUUCGCUUUCAGUUGGAUACCCAGAUCAUCCUCACCGAGGUUUUGAAAGUCUUACUUACAUGCUAAAGGGGGGUAUCAUUCACAAAGAUCUUAAAGGUCAAAAAAGUAUAAUCAAAGCUGGAGAUGUUCAGUGGAUGACAGCAGGAAGAGGAAUCAUUCAUUCAGAAUAUCCGGAACAAGAAGUCAACAAUGGCUUACAGCUUUGGAUCAAUCUUCCUUCCAUUCACAGAAUGAUGGAGCCAAAAAACCUAGAACUGUCUGGUUCAGAGAUUCAAAGAGCAGAGGAAGAUGGAGUAGAGGUCAAAGUCAUAGCCGGAGAUUCAAUGGGAAUCAAAUCUCCUUCCCACACAACAACACCAAUGAUGUACCUUGACUUCACCCUCAAACCAGGUUCUCAAACCCACCAGGCCGUUCCAGAAUCCUGGACUGCUUUCGCCUACAUUUUAGAAGGCGAUGAAGGCGUGUUCAGCUCCAUGAACUCUUCAGCUAUAUCUGCGCACCAUGUUGUUGUAUUUGGACCAGGGGAGUUAGUUAGCGUGUGGAACAAGUCAAGUUCUAGGUCAUUGAGGUUUCUGUUGAUUGCAGGGGAGCCGAUCGGUGAGCCUAUGGUUCAGAGUGGUCCGUUUGUGAUGAGUUCUCAGGCUGAGAUUGAUACGGCUUUUGAGGAUUAUCAGAAUGCUAAGAACGGGUUUGAGAUGUCUAAAAGUAGUAAGUAGAGGCACAGUCGAAAGAGUUUGUAAACAAAAACCAUAUGAAUUAUGUGGUUUUGUCUUCUUUAUUUCACAUUCAAGAAUCUAUUACAACUAAGUCUACAAGUCGAAUCAAAGAUGAGAUCAGUGUCAGAGGAAAAAAAAACAACAAUCAUCUCUUUAUGAAAGUUGAUGAUAAGA